AUGGCCAACUUAGGUGUCCCCGUAAAACUCUUACAUGAAUCGUUAGGUCACAUAGUCACGGUUGAGUUGAAGACUGGAGAGAUGUACAGAGGGAAACUGAUGGAGGCCGAAGACUCGUUGAACAUCUCUCUUAGGGAAAUAACAGUUACAGCUAGGGAUGGACGUGUAUCUCAAUUGGAACAAGUGUACAUCAGGGGAAGUAUGAUCCGAUUCGUCAUCGUACCGGAUUUACUUGCCAACGCACCUAUGUUCAAGCGAGUCGGUCCUAACGCUAUGAGAGGAAGGGGUAUCGGAGCAGCCAGAGGAAGAGCUACUAUCCAACGGGCCAAUGCUCGACGUGGUACCACUCGAACGAAUCAAGGUGUAAGGCGAUAA